AUGUCCACACGUGAUAGCAUUGAGAGCAGUGAGUCUAGUGAUAGCGAUGUGUUGGGAGCAGGAAAUAGAUUCCUCGAGGACCAGGUCACUGCGGCUCAUCAAGGUGAGACCGCCACAGAUAGUCAUGUGCGAAGUAUAGCCGACGCCGGGAACGUGGACUUCAUCGACGACGGACGGAAUAGUGGAAGGACAGGACUGGAGAUGGAUAGCAGUGCUGAUAGAGAUCGCUUCGGCCUCAGUUUCUCAGGACCGCUUACUGUGGACGUUAGGUCGAGCGCUGUGGAUAGUACGUUAGUGCCAGGACCACCACCAGGACUGACGGAUAGAAACCUGGAGAUCGUGGCGACGAUGGAUAGUGUGGGGAGGUCGGGAGGGCUGGGCCUUGCCGGGAUAGUAGACACGUCAGGCACUCAGGGGAGGGACGCAGGCGAAGAAUUACGGGAGCUGCUCGCAGUCCCGUCAGUCGCAGAUAGAGGGGAUGUCAUGACGCAGCUCAGCAUGCUUGCCAGCAAUCCUGUAGUGUUUGAUCCAGUCAUGGGAGCUACCGAUUUGAAUGAGUAUAGGGCCGGAAGAGGUGGGAUAGAGACAGGAAAUGCUAGGACUCCGACGCUUGCUAUCGAGGAUCUGGCUGGAUUAGGUGGAAGAAUGGAAGAGGGGGCGUUCGCCAAUCCCUCCGAGACUGUGCUCCACGGGACGGAUCAAGAGACGACGGGAGAUACCAAGGGAACCACCGGAUCCAGGAUAGAAAUCGCAAUAGAGGAUAGAGUGGAUAGCCUUGCAGUGUCAUCAUCGUCAGAUCACGAUAGGACGGUCAGGAGAAAUGAUGAUGGGAUAGAUGCAAUGAUGAAUAGUGGUGAGCUCGGUGCUGAAGGCGAUCGCAUGAGAAGUGCGGAUAGCGGACACUGGAUGGGCAGAAGGAAUGGAGACGACAUCGUUCCCGGAGUGUAUUCGAAUAGUGCGGCCAUGAUUGGGAAUGUCGGUAUCGAUCCUACAGAUCUGGAGUUGAUAGCCAAGGGAUCUUCAGCGGUAGCACAGAACAUGAUCGGUGAGAGCGAUGAUAGAGCGCUGUCUGUGUUUUCGUCAACAGGGCUGUCGGAGGCACCGCCAGGCGGGAAUGUUGAAGCGUUGAAAGAUGUGGGGAUGGGUCAAACUUCGACGAUCGGAAUAGAGUGGGGAUCCCAUGGGAUCCGGAGUGCUCUCGAAGAAACGGGGGUCAUCACAGAUGCAGACUUUGCAAAGUUCUUCACAGAUCAGGGACCAGGAGAGCCUGGAUCAACGCCCAUGACGAUGCAAUCGGAUUCGCAGGUGGAUGAGGGAUUGCGUAAGCAACGAGCGGAGCAGGCCGUUAAGGAGAUGAACCAGAUAGCCGAGAGCGUCCCCGCAGCCAAGAAGUCGAAAUCGACAGAAAUUGGGGGACCGAUCCAUCAGGCAGGAAUGAUCACCCCGGAUCAGGGUAGCGAGGGAUGGGGCAAUCGAUCCCCGGCUCCACGAUCUCCUGGGAUAGGUGGGCAGUACGAACAUUUCGGGAUCAAUACUCCUCCCGAGGGACGAGGCAGGAACGAUGAGAUGAGGGCAACAUCAUCCCCACCUAGGCGGGCAAAGAUGAGAGCUCCUGCUGAUCCGGACAAGUCGUCGUUGGGAGAGAUAGAUGGCAGGAUAGAUGACUUACAGACGGUGGUUGUGGACACGCAGACCGACGUAGCCAAGCUUAAGGUGGCAAGCGAAUGUGCAAGUGCAAUUGCUAAUAGCUCAGCGGAAAAGGCGGACGUCGUGAGCAAGAGAUUGGUGGAAUGCGAGGAGGAGGUGAAGCACUGGAAAGGAUGGAUAGAGUCGCAGCAGAUAGAUACCAAGACAACGCUGUCGCAGGAGUUGAAAGAGAUGAGUCGGAUCAUGGACGGGAGCAUCAGCGAGGAUAGAAUGGACGAUGCAAUGGCACCGCAACUGACCGAGGGAGCCAUGCAGCUCGCACGGAGAAUGAGACGGCAGGUUGAGAACGUGAAGGUGCUCAAGACCUCUGUUACGACUAGAUUGAAGGGAGUGGAGGAAAGAUUGUCCACGGCAGAGCAUUCAGCUGACGUGGCCAAACAGAGUACCGGGACGAAGAUCACCACGUUAGAGACAGGAUUGAACGAGGUGAGACGUGGCAUAGGUGUAGUCUUCUCGAGCAUGCAAGUGCGACACGAGAAUGGAACAUGGAAGAACGAGAGACUGGAUAAAGUAGAGACAGUUUUGAAUAGACAAUGGGACCAGAUCAAGAUAGCGGGCGAGGAACUAAGGAAGCUGAAGUCCAAGGGGAGCCAGAAAGCCGGAGCAGAUACGGCAUCGUCGUCCCAUUGCAACAGCCAAGGAAAAGGUCCUGGAUGCGGAUGCAGAGAACCUGGCGAGGGUCACGGCACGUGCAUAGAUGGGGCAGUGCGGGGCGAAACCAAGAAGCUGAGUGUGGUUCUGGCGCAGAAGGAACACAUAAUGACCGUCGCGAGAGAGGUGAUAAAGAACCGCAAAAGCGUGGCUGAGAUUGUGGCGAACAUGACAAAGGUUCACAAGACUUGCGAGAAUGUCGCGGCAAGGACCGAUCGGAUGGAUGAGAAGAGAAACGGAGAACAGGCCUGGGUGAAGGAUACCGUGCGAAAGAUGGAAAAGACAAUGGAGUCAAUGUCGAGCCGUAUGAUAGAUGAGCAGAAGAGAGUCACGGGCGAAUUUAUCCUUGUCAAUGCUCGAAUUGAUGAGAGCGCACGGAACGAAGGGGUAGGCAAGAUGCGAGGAAACAGCGCCGAGAUAGGAAAGCCACCGACCAUGUCACGCGGACGAGAUAGUCACGGUGGGAGUGGGGGAGCCGACGGAAGAGCCAGGAGCGACAACGCCCGAGGAAUAGAGGCUUCGAGGCCGGAGUCGGCAGGUCCUGUGGUAGAUCGAAGGAUUGAGAAUAGAUGCAUUGUGUUAGAACAGCAGGUGACCAAGAUCACUAGUCAAUUGCAGGGGUUGACCACUGUGAACGAGCGGAUCGUGAGGGAGAACGCUAGCCUGCUCAGUGAGAUAGACAGCAUGAAGGGGGAGAACAAAGGAGUGACAGAGUCGGUGAAACGAAACGAUAGCAUUAAAGCAGAGCUGGAUAGCAUGUGGAAUAGAAUCGGUGAAAUCGCCAAGCAGAGCUCCGAGUACGCUAUGCCGGCGCCGGCUGCGGGAGGACUUCCGAGGCCGCAGAGUGGACGCGAUCAUGAGGGGGACGAUGCCAGAUUCAGGAAUCCGGUAGGAGGAGGAUACAGCAAGUUUAAGGACACCAGAGGGAUGGAGAAAUGCAACGAGAUAUCGAUAGCGAAGGAGCCAUCAUCCGGGGAAGUAGGACUGUGGCUGGGCGAUGUGGCACAUACCGCGAAGGCUGCGUAUCUGUAUGAUGGGGACUAUGCAUAUACGCAGGUACUGAAGGUACGCGAAAGGAGCGAAGCGAUGAUAGACAUGGAACUCAAGUACCCUGCGCUAGAGAACCAGCUGUUUAGCGGAUUGAAGAGAGCAAUAAAGUCAGAGUCAUUGUCGGCGAAGGUGAAGAUGGAGAUGUACAAGACUCAGCAAGUGGGAGAUGGAAAACCGAUGACGGCCAUGAGAUUGCUCACGCUGAUAGUAAAGCAUGUUGAGAUCCCGAUAGCUAAAGAGAGUCAGGUGCUGUACGAUGGUCUGAGCAGCACGAAGGUUAUGCAUUUCCCGGGGAAGCCCGAAGAGGAGGCACUGGAGGAGUUCAUGACUAGAUGGGAUCUGGCGCACACGAACCUUGUAGGGCUGAAAGGCAAUACCUGGAGCGAGCAACAGCUGGGAUGGAUGUUGCAUUCGAAGGUGCAGAGAGUUCAGGUGCUGAACCACGAUAUUGAGGCAUGGAGAUUGCUUCCGGACGAGGCCAAGACGCACACCUGGUUGCGAAAGAGAAUCAAGGAUAGACUAGAGAUGUGGAGAGCGGACAAGAACAUAGACGAGGCCUCAAUGCGGGUGAGCCGACAGGCGUUCACGACUGGAUAUGCUGCGAUGCCGGCUCAGCAGGGAUCCUAUAGAGCGGGGAGGGCCGAUGACCCGAAGAAUAGAUAUGGAUCCAAGUCGCCGUUUGGAAAGAGAGGGGUCUGCUACCCCUAUACGCGUGGAACGUGCCCGAUGACUGCGGCGGACUGCAAGCAUUCGCACGAUAUCUAUCUGUAUAGUCAGGCGGAAGAGGUCCUCAAGAAGGCGGGAUACUGCUUUGAGCAUUUUCGGUAUGGCAGCUGUAGAAAUGACAAGUGUAAAAUGCUCCAUGAGGCUAUCCCGAAUAGCAUUAGGGAGGCAUUUGAGACAGUAGAGAUAGAACAGAAGGAGACGAGGCCAUCGAGUCCACAUGCUGAUGGUGAAGGGCCGAGUUUUCGCUAG